CCGGGGAGAGGGGCGGGGGAGGGCGAGCGGGACGCACGGACGGGGCCGGGCUGCACCUCGGGACAGAGCGGAGCGGGCAGGCCCCGGAGCGAGCUGAGCUGAGCUGGGCGGCGGAGGAGGCGGCCACCUCGGCGGCGCAUCCCGGCAAGAGUCGGGACCUCCCCACCGCCCUCCUCCACCGUCAGCGGCUCCUCGUCCCGCGGAGAGUGGAGCUGCCGGUGCCGCCCCAGCUGGGACCCGCUGGCUAACGCCUGCGGAACGCCAGGCUGCGGRGACGGAGCUGGAGCUGCGCGCCUGGAGCGGAGGAGGUGGAAGGACCGCUUGCCUGCGUGGAGCGGCGGGCGCUGAGCGCCCGUCCCGGCSACCCGGGAGCCACCCGGGGAAGGUAUUUCUGUAGGAAGCCAAUUCAUCAAUAUUGGCUUAAAGCACAGACCAUUCAGAAAACAAUGCACAAAUGCCCACCUAACCUUGAGAAAAUAUUUAAGGAGCAUGAAUCAAAUAAAAAACUAUGGAAACUCAAAAGAUUGGAGGGAUAUCUACACCUGUACUGAGGGAGUAAUAUGUGGGAAGCUGUGGACUAUUUGCUUCCGACAUAGGAACAACAUUGGGUUGGGAAUCUGCACUCCUGAGAGAAUGCUGGGAAUCUGCAGAGGGCGACGGAAAUUCCUGGCUGCCUCUCUGACCGUCCUUUUUGUCCCAGCCAUUAUGUGGAUUUAUCUGUUUGCUGGGAGUUUUGAAGAUGGGAAGCCAGUGUCGCUGUCCCCACUGGAGUCACAGCCCCACAGCCCUCGGUACACGGCGUCGAGCCAGCGAGAGCGCGAGAGCCUGGAAGUGCGCAUGCGGGAGGUGGAGGAGGAGAACCGCGUGCUGCGCAAGCAGCUCAGCCUGGCGCAGAGCCGAGGCCCUGCUCACCACCACGGCAACCACUCCAAAACCUACUCCAUGGAAGAGGGCACGGGCGACAGCGAGAGCCUGCGGGCUGGCAUCGUGGCAGGGAACAGCUCUGAGUGUGGACAGCAGCCAGCCGUGGAGAAGUGCGAGACUAUCCACGUUGCCAUUGUCUGUGCAGGGUACAAUGCCAGUCGGGAUGUUGUCACACUUGUCAAGUCUGUCUUAUUUCACAGGCGAAACCCACUCCACUUUCACCUCAUCGCAGAUGCAAUUGCCAAACAGAUCCUGGCAACUCUGUUCCAGACAUGGAUGGUCCCUGCUGUGCGCAUAGACUUCUAUGAUGCAGAUGAGCUCAAGUCUGAAGUGUCUUGGAUCCCCAACAAACACUACUCUGGAAUUUACGGGCUGAUGAAGUUGGUUCUGACUAAGACUCUACCUUCCAAUCUUGAGCGAGUCAUUGUCCUCGACACAGACAUUACUUUUGCCACUGACAUUGCUGAGCUAUGGGCCGUCUUUCACAAGUUCAAAGGGCAGCAAGUUCUUGGCUUAGUGGAGAACCAGAGUGAUUGGUAUUUGGGCAACCUUUGGAAGAACCAUCGGCCCUGGCCAGCGCUUGGGAGGGGCUACAACACAGGGGUUAUCCUGCUGCUUCUGGAUAAGUUACGGAAGAUGAAGUGGGAGCAGAUGUGGAGACUGACRGCAGAGCGAGAGCUGAUGAGCAUGCUGUCCACCUCACUGGCUGAUCAGGAUAUCUUCAAUGCGGUCAUCAAACAAAAUCCCUUCCUUGUCUACCAGCUCCCAUGCUUCUGGAAUGUGCAACUUUCUGAUCACACCCGUUCUGAGCAGUGCUACAGAGAUGUGUCUGACCUGAAGGUGAUUCACUGGAACUCACCCAAGAAGCUGCGAGUGAAAAACAAGCAUGUGGAGUUUUUCCGCAACCUCUACCUGACGUUCCUGGAAUAUGAUGGGAAUUUGCUGAGACGAGAGCUCUUCGGCUGCCCAAGUGAGGCAGAUGUUAACAGUGAAAAUCUCCAGAAGCAGCUGUCUGAGCUGGAUGAGGAUGAUCUAUGCUACGAGUUCCGUCGGGAGCGCUUCACCGUCCAUCGCACUCAUUUGUAUUUUCUCCAUUACGAGUACGAGCCUGCUUCAGACAACACUGAUGUAACACUGGUGGCACAGCUGUCCAUGGACAGGCUCCAGAUGCUUGAAGCCAUCUGCAAACACUGGGAAGGUCCAAUCAGCCUGGCMCUGUACCUUUCUGAUGCAGAAGCCCAGCAGUUCCUGCGCUACGCUCAGGGCUCAGAGGUCCUGAUGAGCCGCCACAAUGUUGGCUACCACAUCGUGUACAAGGAGGGGCAGUUCUACCCCGUGAACCUGCUAAGGAAUGUGGCCAUGAAGCACAUCAGCACCCCUUACAUGUUCCUGUCCGACAUUGACUUUCUGCCCAUGUAUGGACUCUACGAGUACCUCAGGAAGUCUGUCAUCCAGCUAGACCUAGCUAACACCAAGAAAGCUCUGAUUGUACCUGCCUUUGAGACCCUACGCUACCGCCUCUCCUUCCCCAAGUCAAAAGCAGAGCUGUUAUCUAUGCUGGACAUGGGAACCCUCUUUACAUUCAGGUACCACGUCUGGACGAAAGGGCACGCGCCAACAAAUUUUGCCAAGUGGCGAACGGCCACCACCCCCUACCGUGUGGAGUGGGAAGCAGAUUUUGAGCCAUACGUGGUGGUGAGGAAGGACUGCCCGGAGUAUGACAGGCGCUUUGUUGGAUUUGGCUGGAACAAAGUAGCUCACAUCAUGGAACUGGAUGCACAGGAGUACGAGUUCACGGUGCUGCCCAACGCCUACAUGAUCCACAUGCCGCACGCCCCCAGCUUCGACAUCACCAAGUUCCGCUCCAACAAGCAAUAYCGCAUCUGUCUCAAGACCCUCAAGGAGGAGUUCCAGCAGGACAUGUCGCGCCACUACGGCUUUGCAGCGCUCAAAUAUCUCACGGCAGAGAACAACAGUUAGCACCGUGGAGCCCAUGCGUGGGGAACAGGGUCACCGAGGGAAGAGCCACUCAGCGUUUGGGGCCUGGUCUUCAAACUUGGAACUGAGAAAUACUUUCUGGUUUUAUAUCAUAUUUGGCAGUUCUAACAGUAGAAAUUUGAAGUGACAUGUGUUUGGACUAUGCUCAUUCGUCCCUUCCCUGACUACCCCAGGCCUGCUGGCUUUAGCAUUCAUGAGGUUUCUGCAAGGAGCCAGCUGGGCACCCUCCAAGCCACUGAAGGUGGGGACUGGGCAGGGCCUGGGAUUGCGCUCYGCUCUCUUGACUGUAGAGCACACACAGACCUUCAAAAUAUAGGAUUUCAUGUUGCUAUUUAAUAAUUUGACAUGCUUUUUAUCUGUAAAGGAAGAUCUUCGGGUCGCUGUCCUGUGAAUUUCAAAUCUGCACUAUUCUAAAAGGGAACUUUCACCUGUGAACUUUCACAGGGGCCCUGUUAACAUGGAUGACCUUGUUAAUGCAGGAUGAGCCAAAGGUCUGAAUUAGCCUUGAAAACACAGGGGUCGCUUAUACAAUACUGCACUUCUGAGGUGUGUUACUGGUUCAGUUGUAUACAUGAUAUCGGUUGGUCUUUUAUUCUCAAAUUAAUUGUUUUCAUCAGGAAAAUCCCCUAUAUCCUACCCUGCCUUUGCCCCAGUCCUAUAUGCUGCUCCUUUCCUUGCUAAGGAGAUAUCUCCCCUGUUUUUCUUUGCCAUCUUUGGUUUUGGUGGUCCAGUAAAGAAGAUCAGUAGCUCUGCCAGAAAGUGAACAUAACUUGUCAGUGUAAGGUCUGUUUUUAUCAGAGCAACUUGCUCACAUGUGUCUUGUAAGAUAAAGGGCCUGGCUCUAACUCUUUAUCUUUUUUAGGCAAGAACUGGAUUUUACCUAUAMGGCACAUUGUACCAGGGGAAUAUUGAUUUGUAGGCUCAUUUCAGUGCUGCCCAUCCUGAAGGCACUGGGCCUUAGGCUUUAAGUGGACUUCUUUGCUGAACAGGGAAUAUAAAAUAGUAAAAAGGCAAUAGUAGCCUUGGUGCUCUCCUGCUGCCUGCUGCAAGGUCUCAGAACUACUUCGUUAAAGGAGUUUAUAAUUAAAAGGAGCAGAACUGUUAGGAAUAAACUCCCCAUUGGACGGGGAGAAAAGAAUGUGUUGGGAAUCUGAGUGAGUGUUUGCUUGAACGUGGACUGGUCGAGUUCACAGCAUCGGUACACACCGGAGUUUGCUGGAGGGCGAACAGGAACCUAACAAGCAAAAUGCAGAAAACAAGACACUGGACUUUUUGCCAUUUUCUUUAUCUUCAGUAUUAAUGUUGUGUUUACAUGGGAUGAAGAGAUGAGGUGCACUACCCCUUGCAGGGCUAUUUGUAAUUUUUGUUGCAAUGUUAAGAGAGAAAGAAGAAACAACUCAGUGAGAAAUGUGUCUGUCUCCCUACCCCAGACCCCAAACAACCACACGUACUAAUACCACUGCCUGAGUUGGGAAAUGGAUCCACACUGYGUUCUGCUCACGUUUUUCCAUUUUGUUUUUCAGCCACUGGACCUUCUACUUCCCUCCCCACCUCAUCCCUCUAGAGCUUGGUUUUAUUUCUAACCUGACAUUUUGUGAGAGCUUUCUGUUACGGUGGAAACCACGCAGUUAAACCAGACAUUUAAACUACAAAUAUCAGUUCAUCAUUCUGUGUAUAUAUAAGAAAAGCCAAAAAAGGCAAUACCUUUGACAAGAAAUAAAAAUGGGCGGGAGGCUAUGUGUAGUUUUCACUUUUCCCCUGGGAGUGUUGGCUGCAUAAGAUUAUAUCACUGCAUAAUUUUCCAAAGAGCUUUUUUUUUCCUCUCCUCUUAAUGGCUUUAUGUAAAGAUUUACAUAAAAAGCUGGAGAGAGCUGGGAAGAAGUGAAAUUAGUGCUCAGUUCUAAGAUAUAUUCUUUUAAAAACAUCAAAGUCUUAACUCCCCAAGUUCUGUAUUACCRUUAAAGACCCAGGUCAUUGUGCUUAUUGAGAAUGAGAAGAACCCUGGAGCACAGGGACUGUUGAUUAGCUAAUGUGCAGAAAGAUCCCAAAACCUGACUUAAGAGAGGCUAACACUCGUUGUACCUACAUAAAAUCUCCAGUCAGAGCUUCAGUGUGGCCACCAUUAUGUUUCACAUGUAUUAAAAAUUGUCAUUUCCAGAUGUACAUUUCUCCUUGGUUUAACAACGUUGCCYGAGAAUGGACUGGAUUGCCCUACAGCAGAAUAACCCUGUACAUUAUUUGUCUGUACCAUUUCUCGUCAUUCUUCUCAUUAUUCUCUUCUCAGUGGUCAUGCAAUGAGGAUGGGAAAGCAGGGAGGCAGUAAUUUGCUACUUGCUUGACUGUGCAGUGAGUCGUGAGACCUCCAGGGUAGGGUUAGGKAUGCUGGCUGGUAUAACCAGCUCAGAGAUUGGUAGUAGGUACAAAGAGUCCCUUUUUUUGUCCUCAUAGACACUGUACUGACUUGUUUCUGUCACGUCACGUUUGUCUCUGUGCUUCAUAAUUUGAGAGGUAUGGGGCUUGGGGUUUGUUAGCGUAUUUCAACCAAUUUACCUGAUAGCAAGUUAGGAUUCCAUGUCUGUCUGUAACUGCCAGGACUCCUCCAACACCAUGAAAAAAUCUACCACUGACAACAAAAAAAACAAUCCCUGACUCAGUUAUAACACUGACUGUCUUCCAGUCCUCUGCUGUAGUAUUUGCUAGGAACUUUGUUACUUAAUUCUCAGUUUUCUUCCGAAAUCUUCCAGAAAUAGCAGAUAAACCCGGUAACUUAAUGCCUUUGAUUUAUUGAUUUGUUCCAUCCACUUCUCUCUUGAGUCUUCAGUCUAUGACCUCUCCUUAUCUUUGGUAUUUGGAAAGUGUGAGUCUCUCAUUUAGAUACCACUCCAGCACCCUCUCAGUGAAGACUGAUGCAAAUAAAUCAUUUAGAUUCUUGGCAAUGUCCUUAUUGUCUUUAAUGGUUUCUUUUGCUUGUUUAAGGUGGCCUUCUGGUUACCUCCACUUUCUGCUUUUGGUGUACUGAGCAAAUGUCCAUUUUCAGUUUUAACUUCCUACUGUUUGUUCUUCAGAUUCCCUCUUAGCUUCCUCAAACUCCAUCUUAACUAUUACAUACCUUGCUUUCAGCUUUACACAGUCUAUUUCCAUUCUCUGAGGGCUUCCAAUUCGGCCUGAAUAACUUGUAAAAUUUCCCAUUUAGUCCUAUCAACAUUUCCUUGUCUUUGUCUUCCAUUCAUCCAAGGGGUACCAUACUCCAUGGCUGCAUAUCAGCCCUUUCCAUUCUAAUCUGAGGAUUUAAUUUUUUCUACUUCAUUUAUUUAGAGACACUGAUUCUUUAAAACAGAAAAGAGGUUUUUGUUUAUAAAUUUAUAUUAAAUGUCACCCUACUGGGUUUUGAGGGUAUUUUCCUCUUUAACCUUCCUAAAUGCUCACCUUUUCCUAAUCAGGGGAUCAGAAAUAAAAYAUUACAAAAAUUGGGCUCUUAUCUUGACACAUUUUGUUCUGUGUCUCCCUUUUCCCUCUCCACUACAAAACAUUGACACUUAGGAGUCAUUGCAAACUUUUCAAGUUCCAAAGCCUGAGCUGUGUGUUUUUCCAGCACCUUCUGAUAUCCCAUCACAUUUCAGACGUAAUUAUUAUUCCAAACAAUAAUCUGCUGCCUGGCACCUAGUCCUCCUAUUUUUGUUUUCAUACUUGUCCUUAUAAUGUAACAGGCUUUGCAAGUUUAAGUUUUGGGCAAACACUUACUUAAUACCUUAUUGUAACCUUCUAAUAUGUUUCCAUGAUUUUUGUCUGUUGCCACAGUAGAUCUAUAUAUUUAUAUAUACACCUUCAAAACUUUGUCUCUAGUUUCUAUCCUAUGGUUUUCUAGCUAAGGGUCAUCUACCAUUUGCCUACCUCAUAGACCUAGAUAAUGUCAUUUUUUAUCCUGGAUAGUUCUUAGUAUCUAUCAGGUUUUUUUCCCAAGUCCUACUUCAAGUAAUUCCUUCCAUCCUUGCUGAUUUCCUGUGUAAACAAUCUGGUGCCACUUCACAAUUAGCUAUUAUUUGUCUGUUUGUAAUCAUCAUCUUGGACUCCAUGGCAUAAAGGAAUUAGCAGCUAUACCUGCAGUUCCAUCACCUCAGUUAGACUGAAUAUGACAUAUGCUCAGAUUACUCCUACAGUACUGAUUUUUUUUACCUGGUUGGCUUCAUGUGGUUUGUUGGUAAAUUGUAAAUGAGUUUUUCUUUUACUGCAGAAGCAGAGGCACUUUGUAGUGUUCUUUGCAGUAGCUGUUGCAGCAGAGUAAGCCCCAUCUUGGAGGGAAAAGCAUAAAAACCUUGUCGGAAUCGUAGCUGCUGUUUCUCUCCACAGGGGAAAAUAAGGCCCUAGCACAGCUGAACUGUUUUAUAAAUGCCCUGCACAAAGCAAAUUGCACAUUAUUUUCUGGUAGGUAUAAUCAUACAUCGUCCAAUUAAAUAUGAAAAAUACAUUUUUAAUGUUCUCAUUUUUAUGUGCAAUUCUACCCAGAAAAUAAUGCGUUUCCUCCUCUAUCUCGCCAGUUUCCCCCAUUACUCCAGCCUGCCUAAUAGCCCCAUCUGUUUUCGGCUGAGAAAGAUUAAUGACCAGAAGCACUGGGAGUCCUGGCAAAUCAGCAGAGAUAUUACUCUUAGGCAUUGCUYAGGACAUUCCUUCCUACUCUGCCAGAUACUGUCUGGGUGUUCUUCAGGUUUCAGGGCAGCAGCAGCAGAACACAGCAAGCUCAGCAAGUGGAGUGAGUGUCAUUAUUUAUGAACAUCAGCCAGGACUAACACAUUCAGUGGUGGGAGUGCUCAAAAGAGAAUGCAUCAUUGUUAGCUCAAAACAUAUUUCAAUAUUUGGGGAAAAAGAACAGCUAAGUUUCUGCAAAUUCACUUAGGUGAGACAGGAACAAAUAAGUCACUAGUAGACAAUGCCAGCCAAUAAUCAGGUAUUUCCACUGCAGUAUUGAAAAUAAAGAAGCAUUGAUAGCUCAAUGAAGUCAUUUUUACAGUAGUAAUUAAAAAUGUAUAUUUAGAUAGUGUGUUUACAUUCAAACACUUAAGUGUAUUGAGGACCGUUUGAAGAUUGUCACUUUGUUUCACAAUACAAAAUUGCUUGGAAAAGCUAGCUGUGCACAGCAAAUUAUGGCUCAGGAAAUGCUUACAAACCUGGAUUUAAAAAAACCUUGCUUCCAUAGGAGUUUGUUUUCAUCAGCAGUUAUACAUUCCCAAAGCAGAACACAAAGUCCUUGAGAUUUUCAAAAGGACCUAUAAGUGUGUCAGCUGACUGGAACAUUUUCCUCUUACCCUUGCUUGGGAUUUGUUUACAGAAUAUAAUUAUUCUGAUGAGUUGAAAAAAAAAAAAUAUCUGGAAAUUAGAAAGCCAGCCAAAUAUUUAUUUAUGUGGUCAGUCAUAUGCACCUUCUUGUUCAGACAUGUUAAUGGAUACUCCAGUGGAGGUGUUAGCUCAUUGAGGGUAUCAGGAUGCAAAUGACCUGAAGCCCAGGCUCGGAGCUUACUAUCUUUUCAGUCACUCUGUGUAGUUUCCCCUCUCUCUGGUUAGAACAGCUUCCUUGCUCCCAGCAAAUUACUGUUUCUGUAGGGUUAAGAUGUGUUAAACCUCUGCAACAUGAAUUUGUGGAAGUCACUGCACAGGUAGCAAAGGCUGCACUGAGAGAGCUCCAUGGACCAUUGCCACAAGACACGAGAUUUCAUUACAAAAGAAACAGUUCUGACCUGAGGGUAAUUCUCUUGCGAGGGAUUUAGACAUCCUACCCUCACCAGAUAUAUUCAAGAAGAGGUCCCCCAAACACAUUAGGCCAAGUAAUUCAAGCCAAGAUUAGCCCAUUUCUSAGUAUUCUGGCAAUAUAAUUGUGAAUUGAUGGAUGUGGGAAUUUUCAGCAUUAACCAUUGAAUACAYACCAAGGCUUGUGGUAAGGCUGCAGAGUCAAUCAUGUGGAAGUUAGGGGACCUGAAAUUUCAAGUUGCUGAUGGAGUUCAUGAUUUUUUCAUGCCACUUCUUUCUGUUGCCUCACACAUAUAUAGUAGGAUGUWGUCUGUACACAAUUCUCUUCAAGAUUUUUUGGGGGAAUUCUCUUUCAUUCUGUGUGCAGAAUGGAUGAUGUUUGGGUGAAUGAAGGAGCAGGAUGGUACUUUUUCUUUCACUGAGCUUUUCAUAAUAUGAUAGCAGCCUUAAUUUUGAGCCAAGACAGACAGACUUAUUUUUUUUCCAGAGGAUAGGUAUAAACUUUUAUUUGGGAAAAUCAAUUAUCCACCAUGCUCUCAGGCUUUCUGAGCAGAACACCUGCAGUUCUGUUCUACAGGCUUUUCUUGUGUGGAGGUAUCCUAUGGAGCUUUUGGAAAUUACAGAUUAAGAAGCCUUGUAGCACUCUGCUCCAGCCUUCCAGUGCUCACAGCUGAACUUACAAGACUGAUGAAUCCCAUCUCUGUUCAAGCAUGUCUGCUCCAUGGCUGGGAGCACUCUAAAGACUAUCAGCAGUCUGUCAGGUAAGCAAAGAAAAAUGAAGUAAAUAAUUGGAGGUGGGGGUACAAUGGGUUUGUUUUAUGUAGCCAAAUUUCCAGAGGAAUGAGGAAGAUGUGAGCAUUUUGAAAUCCCUCAGAAGAUCUGUUCAUAGGAUGUGUGGACUGGACUAGAUUCAUUCUGGAUUUGUGGCAUUUCUUAUCUAACACUGGCCAAUGUGGGCCACCUGCAGUAAAUUCUAUGUAUUGUAAAAUUCUUGAAAGUCAGCCCUGAGAUUAAACCAUUCCUAGCUCAAAGAUAUUUAAUUUGUUUCCAUUCUUUGGAUUCCCACACUGAUCCUUUGGUGCUCUUAAGAAAAAGGAAUAAAAGAAAAAAGAUAAUAGCAGCUUGAUAACAGUAGGAGUCUGACUAUCCAGCCUUUCUUAAAUUGUCAGCACUGAGGUCAAUGGUUGGGGCAAAGCUAGAGUUAGUGAGGUUCAUAGAAUUUCUUCUUUUGUUCUGCCUGUGGGACUGUUGUUCCAGUAGUGCUCUCCAGUGGUGCUAUGAGGGAAGAAAAGCUAUCCAAUGUGGAUUGAUCCAUGAGCUCUUCAUCCAGUCAGACCUAACCACCAGCAGCAGGAAAGAAGUGGCACCACCCCUUUUGACUUUUUUUAGAUGGCAAGAAUGAGUUCAGCACAAAAUCUCUUACUUUGAUGACAGACUUUGCUGAGCGUUUCUGCAUUUUAGAUGUAUGCUUGCUGUGAGUGACAGAGGCCUCUGCGGUUAGGAAAUGAUGGGACUCAGCAGUUUGCUGGUCCAGAGUGAGAGCAAGAGGUGUGUGUAUUUUCCCUUGACACCUUGCCCAGUGUUUACUAAUUAUAUUAGCACCAAAUAAUUCAACUGACCUGAGACUCAGUGUUUAGGCCAGGCAGUAAGGUUCUGCUGUCUAUGUUGAUAAGAGAAUAGACAGAUAAACUAAAUUAUGUUUUCUGUCCAUAAUAUCAGUGAAUAUUUCCAUACAGGUUCAAAUGGCUCAUGGAGAGUUUACAUCUUCUAUUUUUUACUGUUAAGGCUUAUUCAAAGAACAGCAAAAGCAACUCAAAAAAAAAGAAAGUCUGUUGAGUACUGUAAGGACCCACAAGGAUAAACAUUCACAGAGUCAUCAAUAUAAAAUAUCCACCAAGUUACCCUGCCAGCUAUUGUCAUGAAUGCAGAGAAUACAGGCACUAUCAUCAUCUUUCUGUUUACACUUCAUAGAGCAAAACAAAUGCRUGUACUAAAAACAACUCUCUGAAUCAGAUCACCCAAGACACAAAUAUCUUCUAAUUUUUAUCGGUUUCAUUUCCAUUUUCAUAAGUAAAAUUAAAAGUUUGCAAUAUUUUUUUUUAAUUUUUAUUCAUCCUGUUCAAUUUAAAUAUUUAUAUACACAGCUGAAUAUGAGCCAGCAGAGCCCUGGCAGCCAGGAGGGACAACUGUCCUGGGGGGCAUCAGGCACAGCAUCACCAGCUGGGCAAGGGAGGGGAUUGUCCUGCUCUCUGCACUGGGGCAGCCUCACCUCGAAUCCUGGGGACAGUUUGGGGUGCCACAAUAGAGUAAGAAGGAUCUAAAGCUGUUAGAGACCAUCCACAAAGAUAUUGAAGGGUUUAGAGGGGAAGCCAUAGGAGUGUGGCUGAGAUCACUUUUCAGCCUGGAGAAGAAACUUGAGGGGAAACCUAACCAUUGCAAUUACAACUUCCUUGUGAGGGGAGAAGGAGGGGCAGACACCAAUCUCUUUGGUGACCAGCAGCAGAACCCAAGGGAAUGGCCUGAAGGUCAGGUCAGGGAGGUUUAGGYUGGAUAUCAGGAAAAGGUUCUUCACCCAGAGGGUGGCUGGGCACUGGAACAGGCUCCCCAGGUAAGUGGUCACAGCACCAGGCCUGACAGAGUUCAAGAAGCAUUUGGAAAAUUCUCUCAGGUACGUGGUCCCUGAGAUUGUUGGGGAUGAUGCUGUGCAGGGCCAGGAGUUGGAUUCUGUGAUCCUUGUGGGCCUUUUCCAACUCAGGACAUUCUAUUUUAAUAUGUUGCAGCUUUCUUCUGCAUCUGUCAGACUCAAAAACAUUACAGCAUUGUCUGUGGAGAAGAACAGAACUGAGGGAUCGUUGAGUUGUCCUCCAUGUUGGUGCAGAGAAAUCCUUUCCAGUAGCCUUGUGGAUUUUUUUUCCUUUGUGCUAUCACAGGUUUUAUUUCUGUCUUAGCAUUGUCUCUUCCAGUAAGUAUGAAAGCCUGCCGGCUUAUAUUGGUUUCUUACUGGAGCAAUGUUUCUCAAAUGGCACCUGAGCCUCCACACAAAUUUAUUUGGCAGGGGUUUGUUUUUUUUUUUUUUUUUCAAUUUUAAUCUUCAAGCUUAUACUUGAGAAAAGAUUCUUCAUUUUGAAGCUGUAAAAAUGGGUUCACUAUGUUUUGUUUUAUUUUUAGCAUAUUCAUUUUAUUCAAACUUUUCUGUCUACUUCAUCCACCGAUCUUCCAGGGAAAUAUUGUUUUGAGAGGAAGAGAAUAAUUGUAAAUAGUCCAAGGGGGCUGGAAUCAGCAGCUUUUAUGAGGGUGUUGUGGGUUUAAACCCGUUUUUCCCUUAUCCGAGUCACAGCACCAAAAAUGUUGUGGUUUGAACUUGACCGAAAGCCAAAAGCACUGCAUCCACAAUGUUCUCUCCCUCCCCAGCCACCAGAGAGGGCAGAAGGGAGAGCAAAAGCUCAACACUAAAAUUUAUGGCUUUUAGGUAACAUAACAUAAUUGAGAGAAAGAUACAUAUAAUGCUCCAGAAAAUGGUCAGACAGGCUGAAUAACUUAAGUUGCAAAAUAGAUUUAUUACUAAAAACUACUAAGAAUAAAUACUACYGCACUGGGGAGGGGAAAAAAGAUAGGGAAAAAUUUACAAGGAGAGGAAAUAAAAACGGACAUUUUAAGACACCUGUUAUUCUUUCUGGGAACCUGGCUCUCUUCUAAAUYGUCCCUCUCUACCCCCCAUGCCUUCCCUCAUGCAAAGGGGGACAGGGAUGAAAGYUUAACAUAGAUCAAAACUCCAGCAUCAUAGGAGAAGAGUCCAAGCUGUGGAAGUUCUUUUCCCAAGAAACAGUCCAUGUAUAACUUCUGAUGGCAUGGGAUUCUUUUUCUUUACUUUGUGGGACAAAGGAAAACAGUCCUCCAAGGCUGACUGCRUUGUUUCAGCAGCGUAAGGCCACUAUCACAAAUCUCCUGGCUGAACACAGCUCUUUCUAAGCAUCCACUUGCUUCAGACAUGGGGCGGCAGGGGGCACCUCUUCCCCCWUUUUGGCUUCUGAUCAGUCCAGUCCUCCAAGGCCAGGUUUUUCCUCAGAGUAAGGUCGCUCUCUUUUCUMUAUAGGUCUCUCAUUGAAGAAAUAGUCCUUUCGAGAACAGCUUGUUUUCUCCAUGUUCGAGCACCACAGCAACAGCACAGCACCUGUCUUCUUUUUACUGUGAUCGUGGAUCUCCAUUUUUUUCUUACAUCUCCUCACCCUCCUGCUCUGUUUUUCCCCAGUGCAUGAUACUAAAACUAAAURCUAACAACCUAAAAGCUACAUGGCGGCCGCUCCUAUCUUGUUUUUAAUUCUUCUUAAGUACAAGACCAUWCRUCAUCACAGAGCUGUAACUAUCCUGUGCAAUUGGCCCAGCCUGACCAGCAGCCUGUCCAUCAACCUCAGAGCCAUAAKGGAUUGGUUCUAAAACACAGGGGGUAGGGCUCCUUUUGCUGGAGAAGAAGGAGAAAGCUUCUAGAACUUYSUCACAGGAGCCAUCUUUGUAGUUUCUUGGUCCCAUCCCCCCACCACCAAAAAUCGGACCGAGUAAAACCAGGACAGAGGGUUAGUAAUCUACUCAAGCCUGAAAUUUUAGCACAGGUUUCUAAUACUUAUGAAUUUCCCACUGUUUCUGUAGGGCUCAAUUUCAGGAUCCUUCUUCAGCCUGCCCAUUCUUGGGUUUUUCCCUUUUUCUCCACAUUUCCAUCUGCUGCAGCCCUAAAUCCAUGUUUAUAUCAGCCUCAGGUUGGUGUUGACAGGUAUUUUAAAGACACUAUAGAUAACUUCUACGGUUCUGAGAUCUGGUUAUAACUAUUACUUUACUUWCAGAAAACGCAUCUCUACAUUGCUGGUUCCCUUAAGAUAUCAAGAACAUAUAAAAAAGGAGAAAAAAAAAUCCUUGGGCUGCUGGAGGAGAGGAAAGACUCAGGCAUCUAAUGCCAUCAUUGUGAAAACAAGACUUAUUCCACUUCUCCCUAGUGUAUCCAAAACCUCAUGAAAGGUACCACCAAAGUGAUCUGAAUACCAAAUGAAUCUCACAGUGCCAGGAUCUUUAGGUUCUUAGGUGCCCAGCUAGAACCAACUCAGGCCCCAGUUCAGCCCACGUAACUUGGCAGCUGCCUGAGACCCCUGGUGUAGGAAUUGGUCAUGGAGUCAUAGAAUCAUUUAGGUUGGAAGAGACAUCUGUGUUCAUCAAGUCCAGCCAUAAACCUCCCACUGCCAAGUCCACCACUAAACCACGUCCCUAGGUGCCACACGUACACAUCUUUUAAAUACCUCUGGGGAUGCAGACACUGUCCUGGGCAGCCUCUUCUGGUGACUGACAUAUCUUUCAGUCUCCUUAAUUUCCUCUGAGGGUCAGUGGAGUGAGCAGGGCUUCAGAAAAGAGCAUUUCAGUUCAUUUCAGCAUCACAUGAACCCUUURCUCUGAAAAGCAGGAAAGGUUAUGGUGCUGGUGGUGCCCAUGCAGGUGCCUCAGGUGUUCACACGUAACACAGGACAAAUCUGGGCCAGUGAGCACCAGUUCUAGGCCUACAUAAAUGACACCUACUCAUUUAAGAUUGCAGGUGUCAAAAUCCCCUGGAAACUGAGCAGUAAGUGYCACAAGGCCUUAUACUCAAUAUUAGCUGACAAACCUGAGAACAGCAAUCCAUAUGAUGGAAAAGGUGUGGGUGGAUCAGCCACAGGAGGGGAAUUAUUUGUGGACUCCUGAGACUGUGCUACAUGUUGUGACAGACAGCUUGUGCUAACAGCCAGGAAAGCACUCAUUUUCAGCACAAAAAUGUGGGGCUUUAUAAUGGUGGUUAAAAUAUUACCCCCAGCAUUKUUCAUUGGGUUGGGCGAGGUUUGUUGCUAUG